AUGAAAUCUAUUCAAGAUGAAACACCAGUAGUAUCUCCUGCGGACAGAAAACUCAUACUGAAUGUAACAAAUGACUAUCCUAUCUUUGUGUAUGGUCACGGUUGGUCAUCAGUCAAUCCGGAUUUAACGUGUAAACAGCAGGAACUAUUAUGUAGACAGUUGCAAGCCGAAGAUAUAUGUUUAGUACUGACCUAUUGCGUUAACUCAACGGGUAAGAAAAACCGAAUGGCUUCUUCAAAAUCUUGCAGCUAUAAAAUGCCUUCUUUAACUGACCACGACCUGACAAAAUGUGGUUUGCAACCUUCUCUAAAAUCAGUCAAAACAGGAUGUACUGGAUACAAAAGUGAUCCGAAAAAGAAAACGAAUAAUGACAUUCUAUCUGAAUCAGUUGACAGGUGGACAGUUCCAGUCAGCUUGAAGUCGGACCCGCACCAUUCAUCACCACCAAGUUUAUUCUCGCCAAAAAAUGAAAUGAAAGGAACACAUUAUGUUUGCGAUGCACCUGUAAUUAAGCAGCCUAAGUUAGAGAUACCUUUUCACAGGACAUUGAAAUCUAGCUCAAGUAUAUCUCAUCCUUUUUCUGCCUGCAAUCUUGCCAAGUCCCCAGAUAAUAUAUAGGAAUCAAAUAGAAAAAUUUAAACAGCUAAUCUUCAACGGAAAUACACCACUAUGUCACUGUACAGCUAAACACAAAAAUGUGGACAGCAUAUUAAAAAUCAAAUGGAGUAACUACCCUCCAUGAUAUUCACAUUUUACACAUAUUUUAUGUUGGUUUGAUUAAAUAAUAUGACCUUGUUGUUUGCUUUUCUGUCACAUUGCACUGAAUCUCUUCAAGUUAACUAAAGAUUAUUUCUAUGACCAGUAUUGAACAAAUAACGAACUUUUCAUUGUCAAUGAUAAGACUCCAACCUAAAAAUUAAUCACACUUAUUCGCGGUUGCAAUACGGAGUUGUGAAUCUGAUUUUUGAGAAUAAUCUCUAAGUAAAGAAAUAUCAAAUAAAUUAUUUAUUGAUAAAUCAUGCUUAAUCGUGAAGUGGAUGGUUGAUAAUCAUAACCAUUAUAUUCCUAUCUUUCUAUUCAUGACCUAUAAUUUUUGGACAGAAUAAUAUUUUCCGAUAAAGCACUUGUCAGUAAACAGUUCUACGUUUGAAUUAUAUACGCAACUUAAGCUUUGCUUAAGACUGUGAUCAUAAACGUUUGCUCAUUUUUCGAUGUGAAUUACAUAUUAUAACCAAAUGAAUAAUUUUGCAUAUUAAGAAUUAACUACUGAAUUCGAGUUUAUUUGUUUAAGAAUCCUACGAUAAUGAAGCCACUUUCAAACUGGCGUUCUGUGUCACAUUUUUCAUUCUGACUACUUUUUGUAUUACACAUUCUUUGUGGAAAAGUAUGCUUAAUGAUAAUAAGUCAGAAAAGUAAGAUAAAUGCACAUUCCGA